GAGGCAUGUUUGGUCCGCAAUAGUGGGCGGGGCUAAAUCGCCUUGCAAACAGGACCAAAAAACAGGUUGGGGCUUCUCGUGUCAAGUAUUUUUAUUGUGUGUGGCUCUUUUCUGUCAUGGAGUCGCUGGAGAAACGCGGUCGUUCUCUGUCCCUGACGUGCUGCUUGUGUAUGUUUCUUCUCCAGCCUCAGGCGGCUUGGACGGGAGACUGUCCUGCUGAUGGACGCACCUGGGUGCCCUUUAAAGACAGAUGUUACCACUUUGUCCAUGGAGAAGAAGACAAACUCAAAGUGUAUAAUUAUGAGAAUGCCAAAAGCCUCUGCCUAAACUCUGAGCUGCUGUCCAUCCAGAGUGCCGAAGAGAAUGACUUUGUGGUUAAAUAUAGUCCUGAGGUGUGGAAAGGCGAAGUCAAUGUGUGGCUGGGAAUGUAUUACGAUACAAACAUUGAAGACAUGAAGUGGUUUGACGAGGAACCGGUGAAGUUCACCAACUGGGAAGCGGGCUCGUCCCCAUUGGACUUCGUGCCCCUGGAUACCUGUGUGGCUGUGCACAGUGAUACGGGGAAGUGGGAACGUGUCAGCUGCUUGGAUGAUCUGGAGAACGGAGUGGUCUGUGAGACGGCUCAGAUAACUCACAGGUUGUCUUGCUUGUUUUUUUCAGAAGCAGAGGAAGCCAAACAAAAACCCAGCGGAUUGCUGUCAGCGCUGGUCAUUCUCAGCGUAAUCGCCAUCAUGGCCGUCUCCGCCGUCGUUUGGUUCCUGCACCAAAAGCAACAUCCGGGCUCCUCCGUCGUCACAGGUUUCGAGUACCACCCGCCGUUCAGAGCCCCCGACGGCGACCGCUCCUGCCUGGUGGAGGCUGAGGAGUUAGACAGCGGCCCGUAAGAGGAAGUUCAACUCCAUCCACACUCAGCGUGGUAACACCAGUGCCAAAUGUUUUGACUCGGAAUGUUAAGAUGUCACCAUUUCAAAGUCGAGUAGCAUCUACACUAACAAGCAUUCAUCUACAUUUCAUCUGAGUGGCAUUUGAUUAUAUGUAUUCAUCAGGCAUUCAUUUAGGUAGGAUCUAAACUUUGGUUGAGGUCAUUUUCAGUAUUAAGCAUUUUUUACUCUCAUAAAGUUGAGGAUGCAGAUUACAAAAGAACAUCUAAUAAGCCAAAUCAGGGGUGGGCAACCUUUUUUAGUUUGUAUAAAGUCCUUGUGAAGUGAAAAUAAAUGUUUUCAUUUUGACACACCACCUAAGAGUGUUGCUAACCAUGGCAAAUUUGAAUGAUAAAAAAAAUUGCGAAGUAUGUAAAAUGAGGCUUCAAAAUCGUGAAAAAUCCGUUGUCGCUGCUGUCACAUGCGUGUCCGCUGAAUGCACGAAACCACACCUAGCUGAAGAGUAGAUGCUACUUCAUCUCGCGGCUUUCUUAUGCCUACACGUCCAUCCAUACAUGUUUGAGCCAUGAAAAUAUAUCCACUUAAAGCCUCCGGUGGCUGCAAUAAAUCCCACUUUCCUCGCCACAACGAGAGGCGCUAGCCACCGGUUAGCUGGCAAUCUAACUACGUCACUGGCCAGCUCAAGUUCUAAUAUAGGGCAAGGGGCUCCUCAUGUCGGAAGGCCAAGUGCGGCAAAACAAUCCGGAAAGCUGAAAUGGCGGAAAAGAUUUUUUGCACUAUAUCUCCACAAUGAAAUUGCGAUGUUAUGUCGUCACUAUCUGAUAGUGGAGCUAAGAGACUGUCUGCUUGUGAUCCGCUGCAUUGGUCUCCCCUUCUUUUUCUUCAUCAAUGCCGCGCUUCACAAUGUCAACAAUCAAUACAAAGUUGGUUGUCCUAGUUUCCUGCUCUUCCUCUUGAAUGCGGGGGUCUUAGUACGACACCGUUCUGUCUUUUCACGUUUUCAGCAAUUAUCUUCAAACAUGUAUAAUGUAUAUGGAAACAAAUCUCUAAAUUCACACUUGACAUGGGUUUUUGGGAAAACUAUGUGUCUGUGGAUGAAUGUUUUGGGGGCUUUUUUUUUAAUCACAGCUCUGUGGUUUUACUUGUUUUAAGAAUUGCAUAAGUGCUCUGGGCCCAACGAGUGUAGGGUUCCCCACCCCAAAGCUAAAUCUUUGUCUAAAGAAAGGCUCACAACUCGUUUGGAUUUUGAAAUUACAACAUCCUUUCUUACUGUCUCUAAUAUGAGAUUUUUGUUAGAAACUACGACUCUUUUUAACUCUCUUAACCCUGACCAAAUAUCAGAGUUUUUUUCUCAGCAUUCGUCCACCUUACAAGAACACGAGUGGCCUUUCAUUUGUGAAUAGUUGAUGUGACUUCUUUAUAAAAGUGUGAAUGUUGCCAAUGAGGUGCAUCCAAACCAUUGCUAAAGCUCAUUACGUAUUGUUACAGUGAUGCCCUGAAUUUUCUACUUUAGGCCAAUACAGUGUUGCUAUAUGUGUUGCUCAACCAAAUGACUGCUUAUGUUUGCACAAUAAUCAAACUGUCUUUCAUCUACCCUGUUUGUGCUCCUGAAUCAACAGAUCAAAAAUGAAUUUUGUGCAAUGAAAAGGUUGGAUCAGUUUUUUUCUUUUCUUUUCUUUUUAUUGUUUUCUCCCCCCGCCCCCCCUCUCCAUUUCAGCAUAGAAAUGCAAGCCAGUACUGUAGGUAGAAAUGUGCUCUGUGAUCAGAAUAUUUCAGAAUUGUGACUUGCUUCCAUAUGAUGCUUCUGUGCAAUAUAUUUUAACAUGGAUCUAGUACAAUCUGAGCCCUGCUCCUCGAUAAUAAAGUAACACUGUUACAAGGA